UCUUCUUCUUCUUCAUCUUCUUCUUCUUCCUCUUAUCUCUCUGUUAUAGAAGCUUGGAAGAAAGAGAAAGAGCAUCCAUGGCUAUUUUCACAGUUAUUAUUGGAGUUGUAUUGGGACUUUGCCUCUUGAGCACUUUCCUUUUGAGAUGGAAUGAGAUGAAGUACAAGAAGAAAGGCCUACCCCCUGGUACCAUGGGUUGGCCACUUUUUGGUGAGACCACUGAUUUCCUCAAACAAGGCCCCAGCUUCAUGAAAAACCAGAGAGCAAGUUAUGGAAGCGUUUUCAAAUCUCAUAUCUUGGGUUGCCCUACAAUUGUCUCAAUGGACCCAGAACUUAAUAGAUUCAUUCUCAUGAAUGAAGGCAAAGGAAUCCUUCCAGGAUACCCUCAAUCCAUGCUCGAUAUUUUGGGCAAAUCGAAUAUCGCAGCUGUUCAUGGCUCUGCUCACAAGAACAUGAGAGGUGCAUUGUUAUCACUUGUUAGCCCCUCAAUCAUCAGAGAACAAAUCCUCUCCAAAAUCGACGAGUUCAUGAGAUCCCAUCUUCUUAAUUGGAAUAAUCAAAUCAUCGACAUUCAAGAAAAGACCAAAGAGAUGGCGCUUUUAUCAUCACUCAGACAAAUUUCUGGAACUGAAUCUUCCUUAUUAUCGAAAGAAUUCAUGCGUGAAUUCUUCAACCUUGUUGUCGGGACUCUUUCGCUUCCAAUUAACCUCCCGAACACAAACUAUCAUCGCGGAUUACAGGCUAGGAAGAACAUUGUGAGAAUGUUGGAGGAAUUGAUUGAUGAAAGAAGACGUUCUCAAGAAACCCAUAAAGAUAUGCUUGGUUUGUUGAUGAGUGGUGUGGAAAACAGAUAUAAAUUGAGCGAUGAAGAGAUGAUUGAUCAGAUAAUUACGAUUUUGUAUUCUGGGUAUGAGACAGUUUCGACUACUUCAAUGAUGGCUGUGAAGUAUCUUCAUGAUCAUCCAAGAGUUCUUGAAGAACUUAGAAAAGAACAUUUGGGAAUCAGAGAGAGAAAAAUGGCAGAGGACCCACUUAACUGGAAUGACUACAAGUCCAUGAAGUUCACUCGUGCGGUAGGUUUUGAUUUUUAA